UGUCUAAUUUUCCCUGAAUACGAAAAUAAAUACUGCAUUAGGAUAGGUUCAGUAUGCAGUGAUAUUUGAUUACUCAGGAGCACGGACUUAAGAAAUUAUUAUAAUCACAGAACAUUGUAUUAAUAUUUUAGCACUCCGUUACAGAGUAAGAGUAGGAACAGUAAUAUAAAAUCAUGGCCACUGCGGAAGCUGGUGGUGAUGCAGAAGAGUUGGAUUAUGAGACCAGUAGUCUUUUAUCUUUAACUACAGGAGUGAAGUACGAAGACCCUAGGUUUCAUUUAAAUCUAGUUCAGAAGAAAGAGUUACCUUCGGAACGUCCAAUCAUACCUUCGACAAAAUGUGAAAGGCUGACUUUCUACAGAGGGUACACGUCAUCACAAUCAAAAACAGAAAUAGUUGCUUCUCAUCAUGUCGAGUUAAAUAGUUUUCUUUGGUUUUACGCGUUCAACGUGUUCUUCAAGAGCUUGCCUCAUGGAUUCGUUCACUUUUUCCUUGCAUCCUACGCACCAGAGGAACAUAGUUUUAUCGCUAAAAUGGUUCCGUUCUCCAUAGGUUUAAAGUAUUUGUUCAUUUUAACUGGAUUCUUGGAAAUGAUGCUGUAUGUAGAUUUACUGGUUUUGAUGUUUCACUACACGAGUUUCGGUAUUAUUGCGAAAAAUCCAUGGAACAGAUGCUUGAAUGCUACCUACAUUGAUCCACGAACGUCUCUUAAGGUAAAUUGCUAUGAAAUAAAGGAAUUCACACAGAAGUUUAUAAAUAAUACUCAUAAAUAUUCCGGAUUUUAUUUUAUUGAUUCAGAUACACAAGAAUAUUUUCAGGUAGCCCAAAUUGAAUAUUAUAAACAGCAAGUUUACAAAAUCGCUACUGAUUGGAAUAUAACAUUGUUUGUGUUACUAUGGUUUGCUGUGCAAGGUUUGCAGAUAUACGCCUGGAGGAAAGGUUUUUGGAAGGUACUGAACUACGGCCAAUGGGGAAUCAAUAGCGUCGAUAUAUGUGUCUUUAUAUACUUGACGGUGGUACAUUACCAAGUGGCCCAUACAGAGAAAUACUCUCAUGAUUACUUUCAUGAUUACUCGUAUGAUUUGCAAAAAGUGUCGGACAAAGAAACGGAUUCUAGCCUUGGCUUUUCAUUUUUGGCGGCUGACCUUGAAAUGCUUGCAGAAUCGAUCACAGCGCCCUCAGUGGUUCAUAUAUUAGCUGCUAGAAGCGAACAAGAGAUCAAUCCAGCACAAGACAGCACCGCAAUGGUGAUAUCGAACGCAUUAAUCUACCUAUUCAGAGGCCUGCUUAGUGUUAAAGUAAAAAUUCACUGUGAGGAUUUAAUUCAUACGAAAUUGCCGCCUAUAACGUUCAAUGAACGCAGUUGGUUCUACCAGUGGCCGAUGUUAUUCCAACAAUUCUAUUUGGGCGACAUAUUUAGUGUUCUUUACACUGUAUUCAGUAUGGUUACAGAAAUAUGUAUUGUUGUAGUAACAAAUCUAUGCAUCAUUGAAACAAUUGUCUAUGAGUGGCCCAAAGUGAAACGAUGGAAUGUCACUACUAUAUUUUCCAUUGCUGGAAUUAUCAUGUAUUGCAUCACGACUAUUAAUACUCGAGCUAUUCUAUGGGUUUAUGCAAAAGGUAUAGCUACUGUGGGUGAGAUAGUGUUUCUAUAUCUGUGGUAUCCAGUAGGAAGACUGAUAGACGAUUUCACCUUCCACUACGGUACCCCGCCAACUCAACUGAGGAUUUUGAGCAUACGGCUUGUGCCCAUUUAUUAUAUUUUCAAAGUCUAUGUAAUGUUCAGUUCAUUAUGGAAUGUAAUGCAGAAAUCAAAGGUUGGACAAGAGUGUUCACACUACAUAUGGUCAUGGUCCUUGAUGGUGCUACCUAUUAUACUGGGAAUGCUGUUCACUAUGUAUAAGUACCUCGUUAUACAUAGAGUGCCGUGGAACUUCAUUAUGCGUCCAGUAGCAAAAUGGGGACCACGUGAUUUUUCUAUCAGACAGUUGAGAAAGCAAUUCGAUUCGAGAUACUAUAUUGCUUCAGAAGUCCCCAGACUGUUGAGUCGUUACAUCUUAUCGAAAAGAGAGACCAAAGUUUAUAAGGUAGAUGUUCGCUACGACGUGCAAAGAAGAUCUACAGUGACUAAAGCAGUCGGUUUUGGAAUGACUUCUAUGUCGGAUAAACGAAGAUCGCUUACCAAGAAAGCGUCUUGACGACGGUACCAAAUUUGGUAUAAUUGUGUGAUUUUUCAAAUGUUUGGCUAAAUUAUUUCGCAGUUAGCUUUUUUUGAGGAGAAAUAUCAUCCAAUGACUUUACCGUUUUAGGUGAGGCGAGA